UAAUUGGCGCAGGCUCAGUUUUAGCAAGUGUUUAGUCGUGUGUUUUGGGUAGGGCUAGAAUUUUUUUUUCGUUUUUUUUUCUAUACACUCAACAGUUUCCACAAUGCCGUGAUGUGGAACGCUCAAAGUACGUCAAUAGUUGGUGCAAAAAAAUAUAAACAUUUUAAAUUUCUGUACAAAUGAAACUAAUGCAAAAAAUUAACUGUCAUCUGUGUCAAUUAUUACAAAAUAAAUUAACUUUCCCGUAAGUUUUAAAAUUUUGACAUUGGAGGAAUUUCUAUAAAUAUGAGACCAGUGCAAUUUUUUUAAUGUAUCAAUAAUAAUAAUGAUAAUCAUCAAUAUGAAACGCAGAUUUGGUUAAAUCUGAGCCCAAAAACUCAAAACCAAAAAUAAAAAGAAUCAUUAUGCAAUUCUCGAGAAAAAUGAGUGCACAGAAUGUAAUGGCAAGUGUAUCGCGAGCAUUGGGAACGCAUCGUGACAGUAAAUGUCCAAAUGAAAUAAAACUCGCGCAGCAUGAGAGUAAGGAGAGUAUUUAUGAGCCGAAACACAAUAAAAAAUUAAUACGUGUUUUAACAGUGAUAGCAUAUUUAAUAUCCGUUAGUUUAGCUGCUAUUAUUUUAUCUCUCUAUUAUGCCUUCAUUUGGGAUCCAAAAGAUCGUGGACUUUAUGUUCUUAAACAAACGGCGAGUCAAAAUUUCAAGAACGAAAAUAUUUCCUCUCAUAUUUAUACAUCAUUACCGGAGCAAUUUAUUACUCGUAAUUUAAGUAAAACACUUCAUGACAAUUUUUCCCGUAAUCUUAGUCAAAUUCAUCAUAAUUUUAUGGGACUUCAUCAUAAUUUUACCACGGACUGAUUUUUUUAUUUAUUUUACUUUUUUUU